CACCGCCACCGCUGCCGUCACCGCCCUACCUCGUCUGAACGGCCCGCCCCCACCCGCCCGCACCAGUGAGAGGAACAGCACUCGCGCCCCUCCUGGAGGAGCUCGUUGGUCCGUAUCGCCGUGAGGAAGAGUUGCGCAGCCAAGGGAGACGCGACGAUGGACUUGAACGCGCUGCUCCAACACACCCAAUACGCGGUGCCGGUGGGCAUCGUCCUCGUCUGUGCCUUACUCGUCUUCGCGUUCGGAUUCAAGAAGGCCGAGCAGCCGCCCUUUGCCCACCUUUCGGGGCCCCUCUCGGAUGCCGAGCGCAAGACCCAGACGAAGAGGCGCUCCAAGACCAAGGAGAAGCGGUCAGCUAAUGGCCAAGUAACGUCUGAAAAAGCAAGUCCUUCCAAAAAAUCGGCCUCGGUCAAGUCGGAAUCAACUAAAAAGUUGAAUAAAUCCGAGGAAGUCAAUGGCAAAUUGAAGGAGCGUAAGCAGGAUGACAAUAAAACGACGACCAAUAAGAAGGACAAAGCUCAGGAUGUUAAAUCCGGCAAAGAGAAUAAAGCGGAACAAGCAAAAAAUAAGAAGAAUUUGAAGAAUUUGUUGCAGGAGAAGCCGCUUGAUUACGACGAAGGUGACUGGGAGCAAGCAUAUUCACGAAAGGAUAAAUUAAAGAAAAAGAGAGAAGAAGAGACACCAUCGAAGAAAAUAAAGAAAUCGAAAAAAGCUGAUUUAAUUAAUGACGCUGUCAAUGAAAAGGAGCAGGAAAAGCCUGAAAUCAAAGAUAAAAUUACAAAAGAGACUGAAAAUAAGGAAUUAAAGGAGAAGGACAAUAAGGAUGUGAUUUUAACUCCAAUUUUAACUGAGAAAUCGGUGAAGGAGAAAGAAAUUGAAAAAAUCGAAGAAAAGCCUGUUCAAUCUCCCAAAGUCGAGAAAGUUGAAAAAGAGGAGAAAAAGUCCGGUAAAGGUAAGAAGUCUAAGAAGAAUGUUGAUGCUGAUAAUCCUAAGCCGAUUGCGGAAUCAUUACCUAAGGAAGAUAAAAACUCCACCGUCGACAAUUUAGCUGACAAAAAGAGUAAUGAAGUUAUAGCUAAAGCUGACCCGAUCGAAUCCGUAGAAGUCGAUCAAAGAGAAGAAAAGAGUGGCGUCGCUUCAUUCGAUGAACUCGGAGAUGUUUGGAAGGAAGCUAAACCUCCAAAGAAGAGCAAAAAAAAGUCUCGAAAGGAUAACUGAGGAGAAUUUUGUCGUUAAAGGGAAGAAGACAAGUUCCUUGCACUUGGGGAUAUUGAGCGGGAAGUCUGCCUCGUGCUCUCUUCUGUACACGAAAGAAGAAAAAGUUCUAAAAUAAACGGAAAUCAAGUCACAGAAGUUGAACCUCGAUGGAACACUGCCUUACUGAAUUUUUUGCUGAUAAGAGGCAUAUUAUUAUAAGUUUAAAGAAGCAAAGUUAACGUUAUCCAAACGUAGAUGUAAUGGUUUCAUCUCAAACCUCAAAGUUUUUCGUUGACGAUUUGAUCGUUGCGCAAAAUGCAUGACGUACAUUUUAAAAUAAAAUUUAUUAACGAUCAGUCUUUGGUGAAGAUGUAGAGGAAUGGGAAUUUACGCUUAUAAAAAUAUUAACUUAGGUGACAGUACAAAAUAUGCUUAUUAUAUUUCUCGUGCAUCAGGAACAAAUUAAAAGGGAAAAUCGAUAUUUUAUUAGAGCAUUAGAGAUGUUAAACAAU